UCAAGCCAUAAAAGAGAGAGGGAGAGAGAGAGAGAGAGAGAGGCUUUGCAAUAGCUGGGUCCCCGCCCAGAAACUUCUGGCUCACUGCCAAGCAAGCAGGGCGUAGUAUAUUAAAAAAAAUAAAUGUUUUUUUCAUGAAAGCCAGACUGAUUCAUAGAAACUCUUCUAAAGCACAGUCGAAAAGACACCACCCAUCCCAGCACACCAGCAGGGGAAACUUAUAACCCUCGCCAGCCAGAGCACUCCCUUCACUGCAGCUCUGAGUUUCAAGGCAGCCGGAGUUCAAGAGCACAGCUCCUUCUGCAAAAGACCUCUUUCUCUAAGUAGACUUCUCUGCAUUGGAGAGACCCUUGCCGUGAGGAGCCAAGAUGUUGGUACUACUGGCUGGUAUUUUUGUGGUCCACAUUGCCACGGUCAUCAUGCUCUUUGUCUCCACCAUUGCCAAUGUCUGGAUGGCAGGUGAGAGUAUGGGCAAAACAAACUCCUCAGGCCUGUGGCUGCAGUGUGCAAACGGAGUUUGGGAUCUUCGUUUUGAAGAAGACGACCUCAAUGCACUCAAGGCAGUGCAAGCCUUCAUGAUCCUCGCCAUCAUCUUUUCCUUUGUCUCCCUGGUCAUGUUUGUGGUGCAGCUCUUCACGAUGGAGAAAGGAAAGCGCUUCUACAUGACGGGAGCCAUUAUGCUGGUUUGCUGGCUGUUCAUUCUGAUCUCCGUCUCCAUCUACACGGCCCGAUUUCCACAAUACUUCAAAAGCAGUCUAGACCACCACGGCUACUCCUUCAUACUUGCCUGGAUCUGCUUCUGCUUCAGUUUCAUCGUUGGGAUUCUGUAUCUUGUGCUCAGAAAGAAAUGAGGGGAGCAGGGGAGAAACUGGGAGGGCGGAUUGGAAAUAUGGGGGGCUUGUGGGAGGGAUGCGAAGUUGCUUUGCUAUGAGAACUGUUUGCCCAAAGACAUGAAUCCAUACACUGCUCACCUAACGUGCCCAAUCACAGAAAUAAAUCAGGGAGCGAGGGAGAGAGAUUGAGCAAUAGACUUUCCACUGUCACGGAUCCUGACACCAGGAAUGUGCUUGAAGAACCAAAUAGCCAGAUCUUAUCUCUUUUCUCAGAAACUAACACGUGCAUCCCAUCUUAAAGGACCUUGAGGUUCUGCCUCACUUCAGAAAAUCUGGAAAAGUUAUAAGGUGCAGCUUUCUUCCUUAAAUUUUAGCAGCUAUGAUAUGCUUCCCAGUGAUUUCCACUGGGGAGAACAUUCCCAUUCAAUCUGGAAGGUGUAGUGCUGGGACAAGGGCUGAGCAGGUCAGGAACGCUGGGGCAGAACCCUGCCUCCCUUUACUUGACAAGCAAAUGACAAACAACAUAGGCAUGCCUUGACUGACAUAAAGCCAAAUUCCAGCAUUAAAACCACUGCAAGCUACUAUUUUUU